CGCGUUCCGCAAGACCCGGCCGCCAUUCAAAAUGCCGCCCAGAGUACAGUUCAACCACCGGGGACAAACACGAGGACGAGGUCGAGGACGAGGCCGCGGAGGGAAGUCGCGCGGAACCGGAACCGGAAACGACUCGAGCGAUGCGGGCUCCGAUAUCCCAGCAGGGUGGAAAAAGACAAGUUCUUCUGCGCAUCCGAAACCAACGCCCUCGUGGUAUGAGUCGCUGUUCCACAAAUUGGAUGGCUAUGCCAUGAUGAGGGAAGAGAAUGCGAAGUACGAGAGCGAGCUUGCUUCAAUUCGCGAGAGGACAAAGGCAGCGGAAGCAGAAACAGCGCAUCUCAAGAAAUUGCGCGAAGAAGAUUCCCUUGAGCUGGAACACUACGAGAAAGUGCUCAAAAUGGCGGAUGAGAUGGGCGGGAUCAAGAACGCAACCGUCGUCCUCGCCGAAGCCACAGUCCAGCGCACCAAGAAAUACGCAGAGAGGCUAGACACUCUUCUCGAGAAAUUUCGGCUCUAUGCGGAAAACGAUGACGGAAGAUUUAUCGACUUCCGCAUCCGAUUCGUGCAGCUCAAGCGCGAACUAGUGGACAACCUACGCAACGUAAUUGACGGCAAAAACGGUCUGGUAACGUACACGGAUACUCCAGAAAGCCUCACCAAAGAGCUCCAGAAACGCAACGAGCUCCAGCGCACACAAGCAAGUUUGUUCGAGUUCGCUCUUCAAGAGAUGAGCCAGGUCACGCACACACUGGGCUCAAAGAUGACAGGCGGCAUCAGCACUAAAGACCACAUAGAGGUCCUCCGCUGGCAAAAAGACAUCGUCAAUAAGCUUAAUCUAGCAUGGAAAGAUAAAGAGAGCAUGCGCCUGGAUUACGACAAGCCUGACCGGGAGCACGAGAAGCUGAGCGGGAAAUCCAAAGGAUUUGAAGCGGAGAUUGAGAAUCUGAAGCAGGAACUCGCGUACGAGAGGACGCAAAACGAUGAAGCGCGGUCAAAAGUCACACUCUUGGAGAACGAUAACGCUUCCCUCCGCCAAAGCCAGCUCACGGCCAAUGUUGCAGCAACGGCUUCCGAAUCUGCGCAGGUCAACGAACUCCGCGUGCAAGUUGAAGAUUUCCGCAAGCAGCUUCGAGAGGGAGCGGAAGAAAAGAGCCGACAAGCCGACGAGAUCUCUAAGCUCAAGUCGCAGCUUUCGAGCGCAAGCACUGCGCUCGAUCACACCUCGAAGAUACACAGCAGUCUAGAGGAUCGUCAAACGAAGCUCGAGGUAAAGCACAACAGCCUCCUCGACGAAUCGGACCGCCACAAAGCCAAGGUCAUUGCUCUUACCGAGGAGUUGUUACAUCUCAAGUUCGCCGCGAAUAUCGCCCAGACUCAGGCCGAGGUCGCCCAAGUAAACCUCGACAACUAGAAGCAGCAUAGACGGCGGGCUGACGACCAACGGGCCGAGGCAGAGAGAACGCUGCAAGCCCUUCGCGGUGCCAAUGAAGACAAGGAAGAGCUCCGCCGCCUAGAGAAGGAGCGCAACAAGCAACUGAGCCUAGAUUUAGACGUCGAGGUCGAGAACUGCCCACAGGCGGAAGCGCCUUUGGCUGGCGAGAGGGCGGCCCAUGCAGCACAACGUGAU